UGUAAAAGUCAAUUUUAGCAUUUCACGUAUCAACAACUUGGACAGCACUUAGAAUUCGCAAAUACUCAAGUCCACUCAAGAGGCAGCAGCUACUUUCCGGAGAUACCCAGCAAGGCUUCAAGUUUGUCCGUACGCGUCAAACCCCUACAUCCACGAGGAUCACGGUUGCACACGAAGAGGAAUUAAAAUGUCUACUUCGGACAGCGCAACACUCACAAAGCUUCCCUUUCCGCCCAUCACGAAGUCACAUAUCAUGAACUGCUCGUUUCACUCAUGGUACCCCAGAUAUCGUUCAGUCACGCCCAAAACGCGUCUGAUCGCGCUCCCACGCACUUUCAUCGACUAUCUCCGUGCCGAUGGUAUUUUCUUACCACCUGACGAAUCCUCUCAGCAGCGAAAUGCGUGGUCUGACACAGACAGCGGGAUCUUUUCGUCUGCAGAGAAUGACGACGCGCAAACUGACGAUGCCGCCGAUGAUGACGACCCAUCAGUAGAAUGGCCCCAGGUCCAUGACGCCAUCCGAAGUACUCUGCAAGAGUUUGCAGGGAAGGGUGUGAUGCCGAAGCUCAACUGGUCUGCGCCCAAGGAUGCGACAUGGAUUGCCGCAGACAAUAGCAUGAAGUGCACGACACCGAAUGACGUCUAUCUGCUGCUAAAGAGUAGUGAUUUUGUAACGCAUGAUCUAGAGAAUGUUUUUGAUGACACUGAUCCUGCUUCACCACCUACAGGCCAUGAGACCACGGAGGACUUCACUUACGAUACCAUUCCUUACCACCUUAUACUCCGCAAGUACUUUCUGAUCAACCCAUCGCUUGAGUUCCGCUGUUUUGUACGCCGCCGCACGUUACUUUGUAUGUGCCAGCGUGACCUCAACCACUUCGAACACCUCUUUCCCGACGUGCCAGCAUUCACAGAAAUUAUUCAGAAGUUCUUCGACACAAAGCUACGCGAUUCAUUUCCAGACGAGAAUUUCGUUUUUGACGUGUAUGUGCCCCCACCAAAGGACCGCGUAUGGCUGAUCGACGUGAAUCCGUGGGCGCCCCGGACAGAUCCAUUGUUAUUCAGCUGGCUAGAGAUCCUGACUAUGCCGCAGCCGGAGGUAGAGCAGACAAUAUGGCUAAGUAUUGGUCACGCGACUGCAUCAAUGGCAGGAACUUCCAUCAAUUCCAGAGGCACGCCAAUCGAGCCCGGAUCUGACGUCUCCUCUGACGAAGAGGACAUUUUCACACCUGAACUUCGCCUCGUGCAUAAAGACGACCCGGAAGCCUACGCCUUCUCCUCACCACAGUAUAGCGCGCAUAAAUUGCCUCGUGAUGUGGUCGAUGCAGCGGCAACGGCACAGAGCGAUGGUGGUGGAUUGCGUGAGUUUGCUGCGCAGUGGAAGGAUGCGCUGGAGCGAAAGCAGCGCGAGGAGGCACUGGGCGUCGAGAGCAGCGACGACGAGGUGUAGGCUGACUGUAUGAUGUACCUAGUAUUUGGGUAGCUCGUUUUAUCGAAAGCUGCACUGACCUUUGCACUGGAGUGCUUAUUGUGCGAGUGUGCUGAUGAAGGUGAGGAUACGUAUACGUAUCCUUUAAGAACUUGCGAAUAGGUGGAUCGAAGACAUGCCUACUUCGACAAGUGUGAAGGCACAUCCAUCGUGAUGGAAUAACGAGUGUACCAUCGUGCCAUCUUCAAGUCCCCAUUUCCCUUACAGCCCUAUUCGCAAGGAUUCACGAUGGUCAAGCGUUUUAUAUGGAACUCCCGUGUUGUGAACCAAUGGAUUAAGCCGCGAUUUAGGAGCGCAAAAUUGCAGAACUCUGUCUAGUGGAGUCUGCCUGGGUUCUUCUCAAUGCCGACUUCGUUCCCACUCGAUGAGAAACAUAUCACCAAAGCUUCAAGGUCUGGUUGAAAAGCUGAAUCUGUAUCUAAACUACGCCGUCAUAUGGGUCCUGCCGUCAACAAGCU